CGAGAGUGGGAUAGUGUCGGUGGGCUUAUCCGCAGCACACCGGCGCCAGCGGCGGCUCACCGAGGUCUCAGCUACGGCAGUCGGGUCAACGGCGUAGCUCGUUACCUUCAGCUGCGCUCGAGCGGCCGGGUGAGCAGCGUAGCUCGUCACCUCCACGUGCGCCCGAGGCCGGCGGUGUCGCCAUGCGCUGGCCGCUCCUGCUGCUGGCGACGGUCUUCUACGCGGCGUCGACCGUCGCCGCCGCCGACAACCGCCCCAACUUCCUGGUGCUGCUCGUCGAUGAUCUCGGCUACGGCGACAUCGGGCCGUUCGGCAACACCAGCAUCCCCACGCCGAACAUCGACCGGCUGGCUGCCGAGGGUGCCGUGCUGAAGCAGAGUCUCUCGGCAGCCGCCCUCUGCACGCCGAGCCGUGCCGCCCUGCUCACCGGCCGACUUCCCAUCAGGUAUGGGCUGGCGCCCCAGGCGGACGAAUGGGACGUUAUCCUGCUAGCGGCGUCCAAGUCGGGGCUGCUGCCCAACGAAACCACAUUGCCUAAGGUGCUCGGUCGUCACGGCUACACCAGCUCGCUCGUCGGCAAGUGGCACUUGGGCAUCAGCUGCCAACGCUAUGGAGAUCACUGCCACCACCCGCUGACGCACGGCUUCGACUCCUUCUACGGCAUCCCCAUGACCAACCUGAAGGACUUUGGCGACGACGGCGAGAUGCUUUACGCCUCCGCCUACCCCAACACCUUCCCCAUCUGCUACGCGCUGAUGGCCGGUGGAGUGAUGUCGGCACUCUUCUUCUGUCGCCGCUCACGGCUGCUCGUCGCGCUCUCGCUGGCGCUGGCCGGUGCUGCGCUGCUCACGGCACUCUUCUUCGCCAACUGGAAGAUCCUGAGUUCACUCAUCAUGCGGGACGAGCAGGUGGUCGAGCAGCCGAUGCGGCUCAAGGGCCUAGCACAGCGCUUCGUGGCCGAGUCGGAGGAGCGGCUGGCGGCGCAUGCGCGCGCCGGCCGACCCUUCUUUCACAUGCACUCGUUCUGCAAGAUGCACACGGCACUGGCAGUGGCGGACGAGUUCCAGGGUAAGUCACGACACGGCCUGUACGGCGACAGCGUGUUGGAGCUUGACUGGGCGGUCGGGCGGAUCCUGCACACGCUACGGCGCCUCGGCCUCGACCGAAACACGUUCGUCUACUUCACCUCCGACAACGGCGGCCACACGGAGGAGCGUGGCAUCAACGGUGACGUCCAGGGCGGCUUCAAUGGCCCUCUCAAGGGUGGCAAGGGUAUGGGCGGCAUGGAGGGUGGCAUACGCAUGCCGACAAUGGUGCGCUACCCGCCGCGCGUGCCAGCCGGAUCGGUGGUUGACUUGCCGGUCUCCAGCAUGGAUCUGCUGCCCACGGCUUUGCGGCUGGCCGGUCUGGACGUGUCGAAGGAGCUGCCGAACCGAGAGAUUGACGGCCGAGACAUGCUGCCGCUGCUGUCGGGUGCCGCGCACGUCUCCCCCCACCGCUUCCUCUUCCACUACUGCAAGGCGACGAUCCACUCGGCGCGCUGGAUGGAGGACGCGGCGCACACAUGGAAGGUGCACUUCUACUGGCCGCCGUGGAUUCCUGGCACUCAGCGCUGUCCAUACAUCUGCCAGUGCCACCAUUCGCUGGUGCUGCCGCAGCCGGCCGUCUACAACAUCCAGCAGGACAUCAGCGAGGAAAGGCCGCUCUCGCCCGACACGGCGCAGUACCAGCGCGUGCUGCAGACCAUGCGGAACGCCGUGGAGCAGCACCAGGCCGGCCUAGAAGGGGUGCCAAGCCAGAUGACCUGGUGGGACCACAUGUGGCGGCCGCAGCUGCAAGCAUGCUGUCAGCCACCAUUCUGUCGCUGCGCCGACCCCAAGUAUCCGUGAACACGAUGCUGUUCACUACGAAGUCUGUUUGCCGGAGUACACUCCGUUUGUCGGAUCUUUGUGCCUGCGAUGAUCAUGGCUCCCAACCUUUUUCAGCCUAUUUCCGUGAAGGCCCAUCUUGACUCUGGCGCCACCUGCAUUUGCAGAAUCCCGGGCACAAGACGAGUAAUUUGUUGGUGAUCAAUCGCUGGGAGUGAGACGCAACUCUAAUGUCACCCUGGAACAUUCCCCGGCAUUUCUAACGUAAGCCUGUGUUUUAAUUUGUAACGCAGUCAACCCCGAUGUUCUACAUCGUUGUUCUCACUACAAUGAUGCAGUGCAAUGACCUCAGUACAAAUCAGUACAGUCUUGGGACGAUACAGAUUCCGCUGCGGACUGCACACUCAGUCAACGCCGCAACUAUGCAGACUUGCGCGCAGCGUGGCAAUGAACUUCACAUCCGUGACAGGACGCUGAGAACAGUGCAGGGCUUUGUGAAUAAAUCUGCUUGAC